CUCAUCUUCUUUGCUCUGCUCUGCUUCUACCUAGUUUGCUGUCAUCAGAAGGAGUUCGUGGACAUAUUCCCCAAAAGGAUCCCAUACUCCACCCACAGGACUGCAUUGUAAAGAGGGUGUUUUUUUUCUUCAGAACUGCGGGGAAAAAAUGAAUGGGCCAGCCGCUUCAAGCCUGCUCUUCAAUUGCUCAAAUCAAUCAAAUUUCACUUUGGAAACAUCAGAGCAAUGCGGCAAAGAGACACACCUUGAGAACAUGAUUUUUGCCACUUUCUACUUUCUGGACUUCGUCCUGGCUUUUGCUGGCAAUGCCCUGGCUCUUUGGCUUUUCAUCCGGGACCAAAAGUCAGGCACACCUGCCAACAUUUUCCUGAUGCAUCUUGCUGUGGCUGACCUGUCCUUCGUGCUGGUACUUCCCACCCGGCUGGUGUACCAUUUUUCUGGUAACCAUUGGCCAUUUGGUGAGAUCCCAUGCAGACUCACGGGCUUCCUUUUCUACCUCAACAUGUACGCCAGUAUCUACUUCCUGAUGUGCAUCAGCGUCGACCGUUUCCUGGCCAUCGUGCACCCCGUGAAGUCCAUCAAGCUCCGCAGGUCCCGGUACGCCCAUGCGGCUUGUGUCUUUCUGUGGGUCAUCGUCGGCGUGGCGAUGGCACCGCUGCUGCUCAACGUGCAGACAGUCCACACGAAAAACACCACUGUCUGCCUGCAGCUCUACAGAGAGAAGGCCUCACGUCACGCCCUCGUGUCCUUAGCAGUGGCGUUCACCUUCCCCUUCGUUACUACUGUGACUUGCUACUUACUCAUCAUCCAGAGCCUGAGGAGCGGGAACAGAGUUGAGAAGCACCUGAAGGAAAAAGCUGUCAAAAUGAUCAUCAUGGUCGUGAUGAUCUUCCUAAUUUGCUUUGUACCUUAUCACGUCAAUCGCUACAUUUAUAUUCUCCAUUACAACAGGACCAAGGCUUCCUGCGAAACGCAGCGUCUGCUGGCCCUCAGCAACCGCAUCACUUCCUGCCUCACCAGCCUCAACGGGGCCUUAGACCCCGUCAUGUAUUUUUUUGUAGCUGAGAAAUUCCGUGAGGCUUUGUGCAAUCUGGUUUGUAUUAAAAAGACCAUCACGUUGCCUCAAACGUAUGAGGGUAAGACAAAUGAAAGCUCACUAAGUGCUAAAUCUGAACUGUGAACGUGACUCUUGUCAGUGUCAGUGCUUCAUCUUAAGAGCACUCUCUUCCACCAAAACCAGCUGAGAGCACAAAUACGCAGCAAGACAGUCUACCCAGAGUCAAACUCAUCCUGAGAAGUUCUGUUGUUUUUAUGGGACUGGAAUUAACAAGAAUCCCCCCGACCACAGAGAACACACGUGUUUGUACUGCUGAAACU